AUGGAAGGUCAAUCCCGUGAUGUUACAGAAUCAUUUAAUGCGCAAAAUAAAAUCAUUGCCAAAGAAAACAGACAGAAGCUGUGUGCCAUAAUAGACACAAUCUUAUUUUGCGGACGUCAAGAGUUGCCUUUGAGGGGAAAUCAAGACUCUGGUGAAAUUGGCAUUAUAGAUCCGUUAAAUCGCGCACUACUUCGUUUUCGAGCACGAUCUGGUGAUGAAGUUCUUAAAAAUCACUUACUUACUCAAAGUACUCAUACUAGGGCUAUGUACACAUCGUCCGUUAUUCAAAAUGAAAUAAUUGAAUUAUGUGGAAGUGCUAUUCAAGAGGAACUAAUAGGUAGAGUCAAACAGUCAGGUUUCUUUGCUGUACUUGCCGACGAAACUCAGGAUGUGUCACGUCAUGAACAGCUGUCACUUUGCCUUCGCUAUGUUGACUGCUCUUCUGGAAAGGCUCUUAUUCGAGAAGACUUUCUUGAAUUUGUUCAUGUUAGUGACGUUACAGCGCAGCUUUAG